AUGGCAGCGAACGGUUCACAAGGUCUCCGCAUUGCGAUGGGAGCGGACGAUGCUGGCGUUGGAUACAAGAACAAAAUCAAGGCCGAUCUGGAAGCAGACCCCAGAGUAGCCAAGGUCAUCGACGUUGGCGUUAACGAAUCGAGCGACAAGACCGCCUACCCACAUCCCGCCGUCGACGCCGCGAAGCUCAUCCAGAAAGGCGAGGCAGACCGUGCUCUCCUGAUCUGCGGUACUGGACUCGGUGUGGCGAUCAGCGCGAACAAGGUGCCUGGCAUCAGAGCCGUGACGGCACACGACAGCUUCAGCGUCGAGCGGGCGAUUCUCAGCAACGACGCCCAGGUGCUCUGCAUGGGCGAGAGAGUCGUGGGCAUUGAGCUCGCGAGGAGGUUGGCGAAGGAGUGGAUUGGAUACAAGUUCGACCCGACCUCAGCCAGCGCGAAGAAGGUGGAGGCGAUCAAUGAGCACGAGAAGAAGAACUUUGAGUUGAAGUAG